UUCAGAUUAGAAGUGUUUUAGGUUAGAUAAACCUGAGAGAAAAACAAACAAAUUAAAAUAAAAAACUCUUAGGUAAAGUGGUGAUCCUAAUACAGGAAACAGGAAUUAAUAAAUAAAAAAAUAAUGGAGUUAAAGGAAUGAAGGAAAACAGCGACGUGCAACAACUUGGAGAGAAAAAAAGUUCAAUAAUAAAAUAACAUUCUCGGUUUGUUAUUUUUCCAAUUAUGUGCGAAUUGGCUUUACCCGCGACUUUUGUGGAGGGUUUUCACGAUGAAGAAGUCCGAAAGAUGCCUUAUCGUUCUCUGGGAAAUACUGGACUGAAUGUCAGUCGAUUAUCACUUGGAGCAGGAGGCUUUUCUUAUUUUUAUGGAGAAUAUGAUAUUGAUGAGUGCAAAAAGACCGUUUACGAAGCAAUAAAAAAUGGAAUUAAUUUCAUAGACACUGGACCAUGGUAUGGACAUGGGGAGUCUGAAAAAAUAUUAGGUUUAUGCCUUGAGAAUAUUCCAAGAAAGGCAUAUUAUUUGGCUAGCAAAGUAGGAAGGUACGAAAAAGAACCAGAGAAAAUGUUUAAUUUCUCAGCGGAAAGAUCCAGAAUGAGCAUUGAUGAAUCCUUAGCAAGACUUAAAUUAAGCUAUGUUGAUCUAUUACAGGUGCAUGAUGUUGAGUUUGCUCCUACUCUGGACACUGUUUUAAAUGAAACUUUGCCAACUAUCCAAGAAAUUGUAUUGUCGGGAAAAGCUAAGCACAUUGGCAUAACUGGCUACCCAGUGAACACUUUAAAAGAGUGUAUUGAGCUUAGUCAAGUGCCCAUCGAAACAAUUUUGUCUUAUUGUCGCAGCACUAUGAUAGAUAAUACUUUGGACGACUUCAUGUCGUUUCUAAAGUCGAGAAAUGUCGGAGUGAUUAAUGCUGCAGUAAAUUCUAUGGGUCUUCUCACAAAUCAAGGGCCACCUACAUGGCAUCCUGCCAGUGAAGAGAUCAAGCAAGUUUGCAGAAAAGCUAGUGAACAUUGUAAGGAAAAUCAAGUGGAAUUGGGCAAACUAGCUGUUUACCAUGGAUUACAAAAUGAAAGCACUGAUACAGUUUUGGUUGGAAUGAACAACACUAAACUUUUGGCCUACAAUUUAGACGUACUCAGGAACGGACUAACUAAGCAUGAAGAGAAUGUUUAUGAGGAAGUUAAAAGAAUUUUGCAAGCAAUGCCCGCUCAAUCACACUGGGAGAAUGUGGAAUUGGAACAAUUUAAACGGAGCCAGUUUAAAUUUGCCUAAAAUAAUGAUAUGUAUUCUAUUAUGUCUGCCUAUACAGUACCUAUACAUAUAAAAUACAUUCAUGUUUUAUUUUAUACUACA